AUGGACUUCGCCAUUCUCUUCCACCCUUGGGCUCUCAUCUUUAUCGUUAUGACUCUACUGGCGGCUCUUGGCUUUGUCUCUGGCUACUACGUGAUUCCUAUUGUUCGGAAUGUCUUCUCCGGUUACCACCGAAUCCCUGACCUGUUCUCGACGGACAUCGAGGACAAUAACAACUCAGUCUCGUCAUUUCCCUGGAUUGACUGCAUUAAGGAUUGUUUCAAGCGAGGGGCCUUCAAAUGCGCCCUGCGGCUGACGGACGUCAAGUACUCCAUCACCGAUUUUCUCGAGGACACUCCUGCUCUCCUAUUAACCUCUCCCUCUGGCACCGACCUCCCAGUCUCAACCUCCUGGCACCCCCUCGUCGGCCAUCGCCCCCGCAUCCCGGAACCGUGGCUCCUCAACAUCCGCUGGAAACCCUCUCAGACUCCAUGGUUCCUCGUGUCUUUCACCAGCGGUUUAAAGCGUAUGUAUGAUUCCUGGGAAGCUAUACCCGAUUGUGCGAAGGUCCAGAGCGACGUUAUAUGCGAGGCAGCCACUCAGGCCCCGCCCGACAAUAAGGAAGACCGCGCGCGCAAGCGGAACAGCGAGGAGAAGAUGGACUCCCUGUGCGGGUGGAUCGCCGCUGCAACCCCCGCUCCUGAUGUCUACGUGCCGAUCCCUGUUCUCCCGACGCUGGUGUCUCAGUGGACCGAGCCCAAGACGACGCCGACCCCCACGCCGUUCUGGCUCGCUGAUAGGGCAGCCGAAAGCACUGUUACUGUCAUUGGAAAGAAGCCUUUCGUACUCCCCGCGGACGCCACUUUUCUCAAGAAAGCGGACUUUCAGCGGAUGCUGACUACCACCCGGGCGCGGAGCGUGCCCGUCCGCAGGCCCGCGCCGACUACGCGCAGGGAGCCCAACACUAGUCGGCGAUUCAGCUUGCCCGCGGAGGCCCUCGCGCCGACCGUCAACUGGGAGCAGCGCGAAGAGAGCAGGAUGAACGAGCUCAGGGAACUUGCCAGGGCUAUGUUCGCUCUCAUUCCUCCCGCCGUAGGUCCCGCCCCUCAGGCCACGACUCAGCCUCUGUGGGACUACUCCCCAAAGACUAUGCCUGCUUCUGUCCCUGCCUCCGAGGAGUCUGCGCCUCUUCCUGUUCCGGAGGACUCUGCGAUAUUCUCGAUCGGAUCGUGCGACAGCGUCGACGGCGCUGCCGCCGUCCUCUCUGUAACUUCCGUGCCUCCCGUCACCACCACUGAGGAACCCGUGCCUGAGUCUGAGUACGAAUACGCCGCGGUCCUGUUCCCCGCGGACGAUAGCAAGGCGCCCGUCUUCUCGGACGACGACUCGGGCUUCUUCUCCGUCGGCUCGCUGGACAGCCUCGCGGGUGCUGAUGAUUAG